AUGUCUGCCCAGAGCACUUGCACUGAGCUUGUGGCUGAGGUGUCUGCCGGUGGUGGGCGAUUGCCAGGUGGCUUAGAAUGUGUCACUGGCAACCGAAUAGCCUCAGGAAGUACCUGCCCACAGUUCUCAUCAGAGAGUAUAAAAGAUUCAGUCACUCAGCUCGGCACACACUACAGCUUGGAGUACAGGAUAGCAGAGAUGAAGCAAACGCUUGCCUUUCUGGGCCUUUGGGGGGUUUUGACUCUCAUGCCGUCAUCCAAAUGUUCACCAGAUGUGUCCAUCUCGGAGAAAUUCGCCCUUUCUUCUCUUUGGAGCAGCAUUCAAGAAGCCAAGCAGAUGGUGGACGAAGCGUACAAGUUCUCACGGGAGAGAGCAAAAGAAGACUUGAAAAAGAGCAAUGCCAGCCCAUCUGAUUUUCUGAAACAUUUAAAGGAGCCAGUAGCAGGGACCAGGACUGCGAUCCGUUCUGCUGCUUACCAGGAGACCAUUUUCAGCCUCCUCCAAAAGAAACUGGAGAAAUAUUGGCACCGGCACUUCAAUAUCACAGAUAUGCUCAGCGACAGAGAGAAGGAAAUUAUCUCCAGAGCCACUGGAUGUGACUAUCUCACCAGGCCUAUGAGAUGUCCAGAGACCAACCCCUACCGGACAAUCACCGGAGAAUGCAACAACAGGAAACACCCUCACUUUGGAGCCUCCAACCACGGCUAUGCCCGCUGGCUACCAGCUGAAUAUGAAGAUGGGAAGUCUCUUCCGCAGGGCCUGCUUCAGGGGAAACUUCAUAAUGGAUAUCCUCUCCCGUUGGUGCGGGAAGUUUCCAAUGAGAUCAUAGCCACCUCCAAUGAGAACAUCACAGAUGACCAGGAACGCUCUCUAGCUUUCAUGCAGUGGGGUCAGUGGGUUGACCAUGACAUGGAUUUAGCACCCAUGACGCAGACAAACAUUGAGAAUAAAGAAUCCCACUGUAGCACCAGUUGCAACUAUGCACCCCCAUGCUUUCCUAUUCAGUUUCCUCCUGGAGAUCCACGAAGACGCGGGCCAGGAUUCUGCAUGCCCUUCAUACGGACUGCCCCGGUGUGUAAUCCUACAACAUUAGUUCGUGAGCAGAUCAACGCAAUCACGUCAUUCCUGGACGCAAGCAUGGUGUACGGGAGUGAAGAGCCUUUGGCAAAGAGUCUGAGGAACAGAACAAACUGUCUGGGCUUAAUGGCACUCAACCAGAACUUCACAGAUAAGGGGCUGGGGCUGCUGCCCUUUGAGAACAAUUCCAAAAGCCUCUGUCUGUUCACAAACAAGACAGACAACAUCCCUUGUUUUAUAGCAGGGGACAAGCGAGUGACCGAAAACUUAGGACUGACUGCCAUCCACACGUUGUUUGUCCGUGAACACAAUCGCCUGGCCACGGAGCUGAAGCGACUGAAUCCUCACUGGGAUGGAGAGAAGUUGUAUCAAGAAACCCGAAAGAUCAUCGGAGCUGUGAAUCAGGUUAUCACAUUCAGAGACUAUCUACCCCUGGUAUUGGGCAAUGUAUUUAAUAAACAGUUGCCAUUGUAUAAGGGCUACGAUGACACUGUUGAUCCCACUGUUGCAAAUGUUUUCUCCCUUGCCUUCCGAUUUGGCCACGGUUCUAUCCCACCCUUGGUGUCCCGUUUGGGCGAAGACUUCAAACCACUGGUUCCUUAUUCCUAUGUACCUCUUCAUCUCACCUUCUGUGCCUCGUGGAGAAUCAUACGGGAAGGUGGCAUCGACCCUCUUCUCCGUGGUUUUCUGGCUGACCAUUCCAAGCUAAUGAAGCAAAGCCAAAUGAUGGUAGAGGAACUACAAGACCGGCUUUUUGAGCAAGUAGAAGAAAUAGGCCUCGAUCUGGCAGCUCUGAACUUGCAAAGGGGCAGAGAUCAUGGACUGCCAGGGUACAAUGCCUGGAGGCGGCUUUGCGGCCUCUCUCAGCCACGCAAUGAGGCCGAACUUGCCGCUGUGCUGCGCAACCCUAAACUGGCCAAGAAAUUCAUUGACCUUUACGGGACACCAGACAAUAUUGACAUCUGGAUUGGGUCAAUGGCAGAACCUUUUGUUCCCAAUGGAAGAGUGGGGCCUCUCCUUGCAUGUCUCAUUGGAAAGCAGUUUCGACACAUCCGAGAUGGAGACAGAUUCUGGUGGGAGAACCGUGGUGUUUUCACUCGUCGGCAACGACGCAUCCUUAGCAGCGCUUCAUUGUCCCGCAUAAUUUGUGACAACACACACAUCAAAGAAGUGCCAAUGGACAUCUUCAAGAGGAAUCAGUAUCCCAGAGAUUUUGUGAACUGCAGACGAAUCAAAGGACUGGACUUGUCAGCUUGGAAAGAAUAGAAUGACAUGGGUGUGAAGGAAGGACAAAAGAAGCAGCUGUUUACACCCUGACUCUAUUUUUUUGACAUAAUUCAGGAGGGCUAAACCACAGAAUGGGCUUUCCCAAGUCAACCUGAGGAAUAUCUGAAGCACUUGUUUAUAUGUACAGAAUGACUUUUCCUCAGCACAGUAUGGACAAAACAAACCCUGCACACCUGAGAUUGGAUAAAGCAACUUUUCCCCCCUUUUGAGGUUAACCCCAGUUGUUAGUGGUCAGACUUGCCCCCACAACAUUAGAAGGCUUAUGAUUAUGCCAUAAGCCCCUUCUCUAAAUAUGCUUUGAGCAUUAAAACGAAUGCCCAGUCAGGCAGAAACAUGGAAGGUGCUGCCCAAGCAGGCAGAAACAUGGAAGCCAGAUCCUGGCUGGGAGAUGGAACAUGAAAUGUGGGGAAUGACGGGAGAGGCCAGCUCAUUCCCUCCCUUGCCCCAGAGGCUCGCUAAGGUUCCUGCUACAAUAGGGCCUUCCCAGAGUUCCUGAAUUAAUCAAUGC